GUCUACAUAUGUAACGUGAAAGUCGGACUCGACAUGUUUGUUGUAGUUCUUUGUUUUUUGUCAGAACAGUCCGGUUUUAUCCGGAGCAGAGCAGAGACGUGUCUCUCUGCCUCAUGUCAUUUUUCAUCUGAAUCGGCUAACUAAACACAGAUUCCUGUGAAAUCUCACCAUGGAUGAAGAGUGGACACCUCUGGACUGCCUGUUGCCUUCAGGGACACAGAGGAUCUGUCUAAUCAUUCUCAACCAGCCCCUUGAUAAAGAAUACCUUCACAUUCUCUGGAGUAAAGCUCUCUUGAGGGCAUGCGCUGAUGGAGCUGCCAAUCACCUUUACACCCUCACCGCUGAAGAUCGCGACUGCUUUCUCCCCGACUAUAUCAGCGGGGAUUUUGAUUCCAUUACUGCUGAGGUCAAAGCCUUCUAUGCAAACAAGGGGUGCAAGCUGAUAGAAACAGCUGACCAGGAUCUAACCGACUACACCAAAUGUCUUGCAGUCAUGUUGGAGGAGAUUAAGAAGAAAGACUUGCAGGUGGAUUCUAUAGUGACACUUGGUGGUCUGACAGGGAGGUUUGACCAGGCCAUGGCAUCAAUCGAGACCCUCCACCACGCUCUGUCCAUGACACCGCUCCCUGUUUUUAUCAUUCAGGGGACAAGCUUGGCUUACCUUCUGCGACCCGGCAGCCACAGACUUGCAGUGAACACAGGUCUGGAGGGGGACUGGUGCAGCCUCAUUCCAGUAGGUGGGCCCUGCCAAACAGUCACCACGGGACUCAAAUGGAACCUGAAUAACCAGGUUCUGCAGUUUGGAAAGCUGGUGAGCACAUCCAACACCUUUGAGCCCACUGCCCCAGGAAACCCCCGGAAGACUGUAACUGUGACCACGGACCAACCUCUGCUUUGGAGCAUGGCCAUUCAAAAAGAAGGGGAAUAAUAUCAAUCAUCUGGAAAACUGGCUCAUUAGUACAUUUAGGAGUUUGUGCUGUUUACAAUCCGAGAUGGAAGAGUAUAAAAUGGUGAAAGCACUUUCACAGGGCCAAAAUAUUGUGUUUGAUUUGUCACAACUUUGAAUUUAAUCAGCUCAGGUGAAACAAGAAAAAUUAAGAACUGGUUAAGAAAAAAUAAAAUUGUUAAUCCCGACUUAAACAUGCUCCUCGUUAGUGAAAGGAUUUAUAUUGCAGCUUCCAGUAUGUGCCUUUAAAUCCAAGUUCCUGUGCAACUGUCAUCUGCAAUAGUAAAUUAUGGACAUAAUUGCUACAGAAAAAGUAAA